GACUACGCCAGCGACAUGCCCGGCUCCGGCUUCCCCCCCUGCGCCGCGCGCUCCGCCCAGGGCCAGCAGCCCGCGCACGUCGGUGAGACGGCCUGGAACAUGCGCACCGCCGCCAGGAACCCCGGAUCGCUGCUGCGGUUCAUGCGCGACGAGGUGCCUGGGGUCACCACGCCCAUGCUCUACGUCGGCAUGCUCUUCAGUUGGUUCGCCUGGCACGUCGAGGACCACGACCUCCACAGCCUCAACUACAUGCACCUCGGCGCCGCCAAGACCUGGUACGGGGUGCCCCGCGACGCCGCGCUCGCCUUCGAGGACGUCGUGCGCGUGCACGGCUACGCCGGGGAGGUGAACCCCCUAGAAGCAUUCGCGACGCUGGGGAACAAAACGACCCUGUUGUCCCCUGAAUUGCUCGUCGGCUCGGGGGUACCCUGCUGCAGGUUGGUGCAGAAUGCAGGGGAGUUUGUGGUCACCUUCCCAGGAUCAUAUCACUGCGGUUUCAGCCAUGGUUUCAACUGUGGCGAGGCAUCAAAUAUAGCUACUCCUGAAUGGUUGAGAGUAGCAAAAGAGGCAGCAGUCAGGAGAGCCUCAAUCAAUCAACCUCCCAUGCUUUCACACUAUCAACUGCUUUACGAACUUGCACUAUCAAUGUGCAUCAGGGACCCGUCCAUUGGGGCAAUGGAACCACGCAGUUCUAGACUGAAGGAGAAGAAGAAGGGUGAAGGGGGACAAUUGGUCAAGAAGUUAUUUGUCCAAAAUGCUAUUCAAGAUAAUGAACUGCUUAGUUGUCUUCUGAAUGAUGGAUCUUCUUGUAUUAUUCUUCCUAUAAAUGCUCAUGAUGGUCCUGUUCUUUCAGCUUUGCGUUCAAGAUCCCAAUUAAUACCUAAAUCCAAGUUGUCAGAUGGGCUAUGCAGCAAUGGAGAAACUCUUGAAGCCUUCGCAAGAUGUACGCAUAAUUCACAUAAUGCAGAAGGUGACAAGGCGGAUGUAAUCAGUGCUACUGGGCUCUUAGAUCAGGGCUUAUUAUCCUGUGUCAGCUGUGGGAUUUUAAGUUUCUCCUGUGUGGCUGUCAUCAAGCCAAGAGAGUGUGCAUCAAAAUACUUCAUGUCUUAUGAUUAUAAUUCGAUCAAUGAUCAGCUUGUUGAUUCUGGAGGGUGUCAUCUGGCAAAUGCAGCUGGAAGUGAAGGGACCAAUGGUGGCAUUCUACGCCCCGGUUUUGAACUGCAUGGCACUGAAAUACUUCCUGAUGCUGGACCUGUCACUGAUUCUGCUCCUGAUCUUCUGGCAUCUGCUUAUGGAAAUCAACCGGACACUGAUGAACAUAAUCGGAAUAAGAAAAUUAAGGUCUCUCAUGACUCCAGCGAAUUAGACGGAACGAAGAUUCCCUCAAGUAGCAUUAAAUGCCAACAAAGACCAUCAUCCCAGAGCUCUCAGUGUAUUGGCGGCUCAAGUAUUUCGAAUGGACCAAGAGGUGUUCGCACAAGAAACAAAUAUCAACUUAAGAUGGCACUGUCUCAAGGUUUUCAGCUAAAGAAUAAUUAUUGGACAAUGGAACAGAAGGUUCAACCUGAACCGACAAGGUCAAAAGAGACUGUGAAGGAGCCACUUGAUGCCAGCGGUGCAGAUAAUGAUGCUAGAUGUAGCACUGCAAUUUCUGUGGGUGGCCCUAGAAUCUCUACAACCACGAUGGACAGCUUAAAUAAACCAAUUGUGAAAAUUGAUAAGGAUUCAGCAAGAAUGCAUGUAUUUUGUCUUGAGCAUGCCGUCGAGGUUGAGAAGCAACUCCAAGCAAUUGGUGGGGCCCAUGUUAUUCUUUUAUGCCGUCCAGAAUAUCUUAGAAUAGAAGCAGAAGCAAGGUCGUUAGCUGCCGAACUGGAAGUUGAGCAUGGCUGGAAGGACAUCCAUUUCAGGGAAGCCAACAUGGAGGACAGGAAGAUGAUUGAAGAACUCCAGCAGGAUGAGGAAUCAAUACCAACAAGCAGUGAUUGGGCUGUAAAGCUGGGAACCAAUCUUUACUACAGUGCAAAUCUGGCCAAAUCUCCUUUACAUAACAAACAAAUACCAUACAACAGGGUCAUCUAUAGGGCAUUUGGCCGCAGUUCUCCUGAUAACUCACCAGUAAAACUGGAAAACUGCGAGGGGAGUCGAGACACGCAGAAGAAAAUAGUCUUGGCUGGCCGAUGGUGUGGGAAAGCAUGGAUGUCAAACCAGGUCCAUCCAUUCCUAGCUCAGAGAAUUGAAAGCAGUGAACUGGAGGAGACCGACAAGUCUAGUGGAGUGGAAGCCUCCAAACGAAAUAGUAGCACUAUAACAGAUGUACCAAAAUCAUCAAGCAAGAAAAGGGAGAACAUGGCUGUGGAGGUAACAACAGACACCAAGAGGCCCAGACUAGCUAAGGGGUACAGCUCCAAAGCAUUAAAAGGCGUUGCUGAAGUGUCCCACCCCUCACCAACUGCAGUGGUUCCCCGUGUCAGCUCUAGGAUUGCCGAUAGAGCAAACAGGCUAAAAUCAGAGAUGACAGAAGAGCCAAAGGCUACUUCCCAUUCGCGAACAAGGCCACCAAAGAAGUUUGAGGUUGAAGCAAAGAAGCAAAUGAAGAUGAGGAAAGAAGACAAGAUGAUGGCUCCAACUGCUCCAAAGGAUGAUGAGGAGCGCCCAUCUGCUACCAAGGGGGGUCCUUCUGUGGGCCCUGCCACUAAGCUGGAGUUUUCUCAGCGUAAGCGCAGAACCAGAACCGAUACGAUGAAGCAACUGAAGAAAGCCACAGGAGAGGAGAGGACUCCAAGAGAUCAUCCAAUGCACGUCGAAGGGUACACAUGCAGCAUCGAGGGUUGUUCGAUGAGCUUCGACACAAGAAAUAAACUGUCCCUGCAUGAGCUUGACAUGUGCCCGGUUGAGGGCUGUGGAAAGAAGUUCUUCACCCACAAGUUUCUGCUGCAGCACGGCAAGAUUCACAUCGAAACGACGAAGCAACUGAAGAAAGCUACAGGAGAGGAGAGGGCUCCAAGAGAUCAUCGGAUGCGCGUUGAAGGGUACACUUGCACUAUCGAGGGCUGCUCAAUGAGCUUCGACACGAAAAAGGAACUGUCCCUGCAUGAGCGCGACACCUGCCCGGUCAAGGGCUGUGGGAAGAAGUUCUUCACGCACAAGUAUCUGCUGCAGCACCGCAAGGUCCACACAGACGACCGUCCGCUGAAGUGCCCGUGGGAGGGCUGCGACGUGGCGUUCAAGUGGGCAUGGGCCAGGACAGAGCACCUUAGGGUUCAUACGGGCGACAGGCCCUAUGUUUGCCGUGAGCCAGGGUGUGCAGAGACGUUCAGGUUUAUAUCAGAUUUCAGCCGUCACAAGCGCGAGACAGGCCACUCAACCAAGCAGACUAAAACCAAGACAUGAAGCAGGAGAAAAAGUUAUGGUAUACCAGAAGCGACAGGGGUAAGUUUGUAUAUAGUGCACCAGUACCCGGAGCUCACGAUUAUCUUCAUUUAGCCAACUCUAUUAGCCAAGCACCACAAUGGGUGUGCUUUCUAUGUAUCUAUCUAAUUUCGAUCAUUGGUCAUUUCUAUGAUUACUAAUUGGGAUCCCUUACUAAUUUAGCUAGUCUGGCAGUUUAGCACUGAUGUUAUGUCGGAUGUAUUGACGUUGUCAUUAUAAAUGGCAUGUUUAGUAUGAUCACCCUCUUUUGGCUC